AUGACACGCAAAGCCCAGGUAGCCAUUGUGACUCUGUCCACUCUGAUUAUCUACGUAUCUCUUAACAGUCUCGCGCGGGCUCUCGAUCCGAGUGCCUUUGUCUGGUACGAGGAGGACUGGGAGGAGAGGAGUUGGAUCGCGACCUCUCGCUUUUGGCUCGAUCGCAAAGCUUGUCGCUGGCUCAGCAUCUGCGGACUGGCGCAUCUGCAGAAGGCCCAUUCGCCCUUUGGCCACCGCGAUCCCGCCAGCUGGACCUCGCUAGACGAGCCCGACGCCGAGCCCGACGCCGAGCCCGGGCUCUGGUCUUCGUUCUGGACUAGCGGGGCUAAUCAGUCCGAGUGGGCUGCCGAGGAGCGAUCUAAGCGGGAGAUCCCCGACUAUGUCUUCGAGUACGCCCCACUCGUCCACCUUUACUCCCAAGAACAAUUUUGGCCCAGCGAUAUCGCCGAACAUCUUUAUCACACCACACCUUCGUUAAACUACACCCCAAUCCAAGCGGACGGGGGUCGCCUCACUCUCAAUGACCUUGAUCGACUGAAUGAAUUCAAUGGCCGCCAUGUCUUCCUUACAAGUAACGACAAUGUGGAGAGUCGGCCGCCGUGGCUGGAAGGAGAAGCCAAUAUACCCAAGAAUGACCGGGAAAAGGACCCGGUGGAUGAAAUGAGGCCCGGUUGGGAUGAACAACCAGACCCCACCGAUCCAGGCGACGCUGAAGACACCGACGAUUGGACCGAUUUAAGAGAUGAACAGACUCGCGUGGAGCAGGAGCGGGAACAGGCACGGUUGUGGGAUCAAGCGCGGAAACGCUUCCGUCAAGAGUUACGCAAACGAUACGGCGGCAAGAAGCCCCAAGAACCACUGGCCGGAAGCCCCGGUGGUCGCAGCGAUGCGCCAGCCGUGCUGCUCACUAUCGACAAGGGUAAUGGCGUUGUUGAUGCCUUCUGGUUCUUCUUCUACAGCUUCAACCUGGGCAACGCUGUUUUCAAUAUUCGUUUCGGGAAUCAUGUGGGCGAUUGGGAACAUUGUUUGGUCCGAUUCCACCAUGGCAAACCCAAGGCUCUGUUUUUCAGCGCUCACACCGCCGGUGAAGCAUAUCGAUAUGAAGCAGUAGAAAAGAUCGGCCGCCGUCCCGUCAUCUACUCAGCAGAAGGCAGUCAUGCCAUGUAUGCAACUGCAGGAAUCCACCCGUACAUUCUGCCAUGGGGUCUCCUGUACGAUGUUACUGACAAGGGCCCCCUCUGGGAUCCCUUGCUGAAUUCCCAUACAUAUACCUAUGACGGCCAGGAGAAAACCCUCCGUGCAUCCACGGUUACCCCCAAUGCGCCGACUGAAUGGUUCUACUUCCGCGGUCAUUGGGGCGACAAAUUCUACCCGCUUGGUGAUACUCGCCAGUACCGGUUCGCCGGUCAGUAUCACUAUGUGAAUGGGCCCCUUGGGCCUCGAUUCAAACGUCUGAAUCGAAACAAGAUGUGUCAAGGCUCAGACUGGUCUCCUUGUCUAAUUCGAGACUCCAUCUGA